UCCCAAUCCGCUUGUGCAGCAAAUCAAUUCUUGUAUAAUUAAAUCACUGACAUCCUUCAUGUCUACCCCCAAUUAUUUGAAACGGCUGAUAUUACAGUGAAAUGAAAGUAAAAGUAUUCUUCUUGCUGCAACACAGAGAGGAGAGAGAAAACAUCCGGACUGCCACGACUUGACUUUUUGCAGCUCCCCUGGCGCUCGCUCCUCCCUCGUCACAUUCAAUGCAAAUUACUUUGUCUAUGACAAGGAGAGAGCGUUAGCAGCAGCUGAUUGCUGAUUGGCCAGCACUGAAGCUUCCCGCCUCCUUCAGUUCACUGAUUUUUUAAGCGCGGGAGAAAGUGAAGGACCUGAUUAUCACACUAAAGCCCUGCAGUCUACAGCUGAUCAUCAUCCUCCCACCUACACGAUAUAAGUUGACAAGAGCCAUGGCCAGGCUUAGACUGAACAUCAUCUUCAAAUUAAUGGUCAUUUUAGCCACUCUUCACACUUCAUUUGCAGAUUGCUCCUCCAAAGAUUUUGGAAGAAGAAGCUGUGGAUAUAUAAGUAGAAAGCUUUUGGCAAUGGAUAAACGUAAGACAGAUACAGAAGCACAGGCACCGGCUUUUGGGAAAAAACCCACCAUCCAUACUCAAGAAAACAAUGAAGCCCCAACUGGAUACAAGACUAGGAUCUGUGAAUCUAGCGGCUGGUAUCCUGAGCCCAAAAUACAGUGGACAGACAGCGAGGAGAACACACUGAAAUCUGAAGAUUUUGUAAAAUAUAUUGAUAACAUAACCCUGUACCGGGUAUCAUCUUCCAUAAAACAAGAUGACUGUUCCCCUGCGACCUGCCGGAUAAGAAAUGAGCGCCUGGAUAUAACGCGCCAGAAGUCUGUUGUUAUAUCAAUAGGCUGCUGGGCAGCCCAUCAUAUUCUACGAUUAGUCGCUGUUACCGCUGCUGUUGCUAUUCUUAUGUGUGUUGUCUGCUACUGUUGGUACACCUGUAAGCGCAAGUGCUGUAAAAAAAGCAAGAAAACCCCCAAAAAUCCCCAGAAAUAUAGAAGAUUGAUAAAUCUGGCGGAACAGCCCUAUGUGUACAACAACAGGGAAUCAUGGUUACUGUGAGAAGAACAAAUGUGACCUUGAUGACUUGAUUUCUGUGGCCCUGACUGAUGUCCCCAUGAAGAAUCAUUUCACCCACAGGAUCACCACUUCAUCCCUUUCAUACCAGUCAUAUAUAUAUAAAUCAGGAUUUCAUCUAUGGUCGGUAUGAAAGGGAUGGGGUAGAGUUCUGUACCUGACCCACAACCCACAGUUUGACCCGCAUGUUCCCCCUACCCACCCCCGACCCACUUACUUGCCUCCUGGACCCGACCCGAUGGUCUGAUGCCCGUCUGCAGCGCCCCCUACUGGAUGAAGUUACUAUUCCAACACAUUUAUGUAACAAAAUAAAGUCAAGAGUCAAGAGUCAA